ACGACGACGAAGUCGCAGUCUCAUCGAAGCCGCGGUGGCGCGCGGCUUGCGCUAGUUGAGCGUCUCUAAACGAAAGAAUACACGUGAAUGUGGGACCACGUGGGUUCCGCGCUUGUUUCUGUGCGAGCACACAACGGAAAUGAACAAAUAUUCAUAUUUCUGACGAUGAAAGUCUUCUCGACUUUUGUGGUCCUCCGUUUAGGAAGGUGUUGAGUUUUAUUCUUCCGUUUUUUUGUUUUUGUUUUUUUUUUGUUGUCCUUCGACUUUGAGGAGUAAGCUGACCAUUCCAAAAUAGUGGACAUCAGAACAACCGUCAACCUGGAGUCCACGUGCCAGAAACGACGGAAAUGUGAGGCCGACGGGAAGGAGGCGAAGGCCGAGCUAACGGCGCAACGCAGUAUGUUCCCUAGCGCACAAAUUAAGAUGAGAUUGCUGUCGCCAAGCAGUUCGCCGGCCACGUCGCCCACGAUGUCGAAUUCCUCAUCGCCGACACCACCGACGCCAGUCACGCCGGUUUACAAUCAAAAGAUGACGGGUAUACCAUGUGUAGCCGCGGCUUCGAGGUACACGGCACCAGUGCACAUUGACGUUGGUGGGACGAUAUAUACAUCUUCCUUGGAAACUCUAACCAAGUAUCCAGAAUCGAGACUGGCCAAAUUAUUCAAUGGUAGUAUACCCAUUGUUCUGGACUCCUUGAAACAACAUUAUUUUAUCGACAGGGAUGGUAGUAUGUUUCGACACAUACUAAACUUUAUGCGAAAUUCGCGACUCCUGAUACCUGACAACUUCGCCGAUUUGGAUUUAUUGCUCGAGGAAGCGCGAUACUUCGACAUUGCGCCAAUGUGCAAGCAAUUGGAACAGAUAAAAAAGGAACGAAUAAAGAAUGGUACCGCGAGCUUAUCCUCGACGACUGGCUCGGCUUGUUCAACGGCUACCUCAACCGCAUCAGCAGCCUCGACUAUGACAACGACGACAUCUUCCUCGCCUAAACAAGGCUCCGGAAGACAAAUAGGCAUGCGCGGGAAAGGCACGUCGAGUUGUUCGCUCGACUGUACGGGUUGCUCGAGUUGCUCACCGUGCGAUCACGAGGCCGAAAAAUUUCGCGGUACCGAGGGUAACCGCAGUUACGAAUGCGUUGCCCUACACGUCAAUCCUGAUCUCGGUGAAAGAAUUAUGCUAUCGGGUGGGCACACUCUUCUCGAUGAAGUCUUUCCCGAGGCUAUGCAAGCUGUGAUUAACGCACGUUCUGGUAUUGCCUGGCAUCAACAGGACACCCGUCACGUCAUCAGGUUUCCAUUGAAUGGCUUUUGCAAGCUCAACUCCGUUCAAGCUAUUACGCGAUUGCUCAACGCAGGAUUUCGUAUCGUUGCCAGUAGUGGUGGAGGUGGUGAAGGUCAACAAUUCUCGGAAUACCUCUUCGUCAGACAAUCUGUUAAUACCUGACGGAAAACGAUCCAAUUUUAUCCAAUCAUUUUAUCGAUUUUCACGAUGUCGUCUCUAAUAUCGAAUACUCCAGUGAACGCAACGAUCGAGAUUCAAAUUACUUUCUUGCUCCCCAAUUAUCUGCAAAGUUAAAUCUAUUUUUACGUGGCAAUAAAAAUCGAAUCGAUUCGACGUUAAUACGCGUUCGAUAUAAUUCAUUAAAUAUCGGUACCGAUCUUUGAGGUUUUAUGAUAAAAGAAGAGACAAACGUUUAUAUGGUUGGCGUAAAAAAAAAGACAAAAAAAGAAAACCAGGUCAACCAGAACGGAAAAUGUAUUUUAUGUCGAGAGUCUUUACGUGACGUAAUUAACGGUAGCUUUAAAAAAAAUAUAUAUACAUAUAUAUAUAUAUAUAUAUAUAUAUAUAUAUAUAUAGAACGGAGAAGAUGAAGGAACACCAUGUCAGCAUUCGUCCAAGGAUAAAUAUUUUAUUCGAUAUUGCUCGAAAGACUCUGUACUUGGAGAUAUCUUAAGUGCAGACCGACGAUCAUUAAAAUUUGUUAUUAUAUAAUAAGAUGUACUUAUAUGUAUUUAUAUGCCAUACUAAUUAUUGUAAAUAUCGCGAAUAAACUAUCGUUCGUCUACACACACACGCACGCACACGCACACACACACACACAGUGAUACGAAUUGUUACGUAUGCAUGUAUUAUUAAAGAAAAGAAAAAAAAACACAAAAAACAAAAAAAAAGGAUAAAAACGAAAAAGAAGUAUAUAUUAUCUCUCACUGACCCAUUACAUUUCAUAACACUAAUAUAAGAUAUUAUUAUUCGUCCGUGUCUCCUAUCAAAAAAUUCAAAAGCUUUUAAAACUAUUACUUUUUAACAGACAAUAAAAACUCAUUGGAUAUACAAGAGCAUGGUAAAAAGGAAAAAAAACAAAGGACGAAAGAAAAAGUGGGAGAUGCGCCGAUCGCGUAACCUCCAGAAUGAAGGAUAAAGCGUAGGAACAUCGUAGCCACGGGCCCCGUUUCCAUGGUUACUAUGAACUCAAUAUCCGCGAUGCCGACAGGCACCACUAGCCUGAGGCUGUCAUCCCUCGAACCAGAGUCGCUGCUGCCGUCGUCGAGUUCGCCGGUCUCUCCCUUGCAACCCACCUUUGCCUCUUCUCUUCCUGCCUCCCUUUCCUACCUCCUACUCAUCCUCUCUCUCUCUCUCUCUCUCUCUCUCUCUCUCUCUCUCUCUCUCUCUCUCUCUCUCUCUUUCUCUCUCUCUCUCUAUC